AUGACUGUAGGAUUUGAGAUUGUAUUCGCCGUUCCAAUGGAAUGUAAUGCCUGUGUUGAAUCAGUAGCAAAAGUUCUCGGGAAAUUAGAAGGAAUACAAAAAUUCGAUAUCAAUUUGAAAUCAAAUUUAGUUACAACAGAAGGUACUUUGCCACCCAGUACAAUUGUAAGAGCCAUUCAAGAAACUGGUCGAGAUGCAAUCAUUAGAGGUACUGGAAGACCUAAUUCUGCGGCUGUGUGUAUUUUAGAAUCAUUUGACCCUAGAGACAUCAAGCUGCCAGUCAAAGGAUUAGCCAGAAUUGUUAGUGUUUCCCCUACUGAUUUAUUUAUAGAUUUGACAGUUAAUGGAUUAGCUAAGGGGAGAUAUUAUCCUUCCAUUAGAACCUCGGGUAAUUUGUCAAACGGGGCCCUUUCUACAGGACCAAGUUAUUAUGAUUUAGAUCCAAUUGAUGUUGAACAACCAUCUAGUGUUUCUACUGCUAUAAAUUCCUUGGGUGCUUCAAUUGUAGAUGGAGAUGAAACGUUGUGUGCUGGUCAGGCUUUUCUUCAUGCAAAAUUGAGUAUCAAUGAAUUAAUUGGAAGAAGUAUCAUCUUAUCUAAAUUGGAAGAUAAGAUAUCUAGUGAUUCAUUAUGUGGUGUAAUUGCUAGAUCUGCAGGUGCUUGGGAAAAUGAUAAACAAGUUUGUAGUUGUACUGGUAAGACAGUAUGGCAAGAACGUACAGAUGCUAUAGCAAGAGGUGUUACAGUGUGA